AUGUCAGACCCCACCGAGGCUGCCACCGAGACGGUGGUGGCAGGGUUGGCGGUGGGGACGGCCACCGUCGCCGCCGAUCGUUCCGCCCCGGAAGAAUCGACGUCCGCCGCCGUCGCCGCGGAAUCGACGAACGACCUUUCGGCCAGCCAGACACCGCAGACCAACUCAAAACCACGCAUUGAUGUUGCCGUGGUCAUUGAUAUGAAAAUCCACAACCUUUCGCUGUCUCACCGCCUGGCUGCCUACGAGGAAAUCAAGCGGGCCUGCCACAUCUCCAACGCCAACUGUCAACUGAUCGCCCUCUCGAAGCUCGACUUUGAUGAGCUGAACGCCGCGGACGCCUUCUACGCCGCCGACGUGGCCAUCGUCGACCUGUCCAUUCAGAAUCAGCAGCACUCGCUCUUCUACCGCAUCGGCAACCGCGAGAACUUUGGCAUGCGCCACAACAUUCUCAUCUACAACGACGACUCCCUGAAGGUGACCAUUCCCCGGAACCUGCCCAUCUCCAACUUCAACCUGAUCUCCUACCGCCUCUCACCGACUGACAAGAAGUGCUACGUCACCGAACCGGUGGUCGGCAUCAAACCGGAGCUCUCCACCAACCGACCGCUCUCCUCGGAGACCAAGAUUCUCCUCAGCACUAAGCUGCGCAAUUCACUGCAGGACGUGCAGAUUCAGACAAAAACCCACUUGAAGGAGAAGUUUCUCAACGAGCUUAGAAAGGCGCGCGAUUCACUGACCGGCGAAGAGCUCGCCAAGGCGCUCAAUGAAUUUCGGAAGAAGCUGACCAAUCCCAGUCUAAUCUCCUCCGAUAUCAUCCACAACCUGUUGGUCUCCUUCCGCGAGGUGCAGGACUACAACUCCAUGGUGGCCUUCAUCGAGGAGCUGCAGGACAAUGAGAACUUUCAGUUCACGCCGCUCAUUCAGUACCUGUACGCCUUUGCGCUCAGUCGGCGGAACGCCCUGGGCGACCGGGAGAAGGCGCUGAAGCGCAUCCACCAGGCACUGCCCUACGAGGAGAACUGCAGUCCGGACCUCUUCUGCCUGGCCGGCCGCAUCUACAAGGACCUCUUCAUUGAGUCGAACUACCAGGACAAGAACAGCCUGGAGCAGGCCAUCAUCUGGUACCGAAAGGGCUUCGACUACCAACCGAACGAGUACGCGGCCAUCAACCUGGCGACGCUUCUGGUCAUCAAGGGCGACGACCUGAACAACUCGCCGGAGCUGCAGAACGUCGCCUCGGUGCUGAACAUCCUCAUCGGGCGGAAGGGCAGUCUGAAGACGCUGGCCGACUACUGGGACGUGGCCACCUUCUUCGAGAUUUCCGUCCUGGCGGAGAACUACGCGAAGGCCUGCGAGGCGGCGGAGUGCAUGUUCAACCUGAAGCCGCCCGGCUGGUACCUCAAGUCGACCAUUCGCAACAUCUGCCUGAUCAAUGACUUUCGGAGGAAGCCGGAGGACGCCCGGCUCUCCGCCGAGGAGCAGCACUUUCAAUUUUGGAUGGAGUUCUUCAUUGAGGCGGCGAAAGACGACCCCGGACAUAUGAUUCGCUUUCCGGUGAUCAUAUUGGAAAUUGACAAGUCGACGAUGCCCAGCUACGUCACCAUCAACCUGGACGACCAGGAUGGCAAGUCGCUGCAGAUUAGCAACCUCUGUCGGCUGUGUCUCUCCUCUGACUCGUGCAAGCGGCCGCACAAGUGGCUUUUCCCUUCCUCUAAAAUUCGCGGCCUCAGUAUGUACAAGGCCGACCAGAGGUGUCUCUUUCUCUACGUUCUCUCUGACGACUUUCAGAUGUUCUUUCCCUCGGAUGAGUAUCGCAAAAAGUUUCACGAACUGGUUCUCGAGCUGACGGCCAACGAUGAGUGCGUCACUGAUCUGGAUGCGCACACCGAGCAGGAGUCUAUAAAUUUUGAGUAUGUCCUCGGUGACAAGAAUGAAAAGGUCAAGCUGGGCGAGGGUUCCUACGGAACGGUGUACUCGGCCCGUGACAGCUUCAAUCGCGACAUUGCCGUCAAGGAAAUUCCCAUCAAAAACACCGACGAGGUGCAACCCCUGCAGGAGGAGAUCAAGCUGCACUCACAGCUGAACCACCGAAACAUCGUCAAGUACAUUGGCUCUAUUCACGAUGAGAGCAGUGGCGUGUUCAAGAUUCUAAUGGAGAGAGUGCCCGGUGGCAGUCUCUCACAGCUACUGCGCGCAAAGUGGGGCCCCCUCAAAGAGCCCACCAUCUCCUACUACACCAGACAGAUACUAGACGGACUCAACUACCUGCACAGCCAGAACAUUGUUCAUCGAGACAUUAAAGGCGACAACGUUCUGGUGAACACGUAUACGGGCGUGGUGAAAAUCUCCGACUUCGGUACCUCAAAGCGACUGGCUGGCCUGCACCCAAAGACUGAAACCUUCACCGGCACCUUCCAGUACAUGGCCCCGGAGGUGAUCGACCAAGGAUCCCGAGGCUACUCUGCACCCGCCGAUAUCUGGUCACUAGGCUGCACCAUCGUGGAGAUGGCCACGGGGAAGACGCCCUUCAUCGAGGUGGGCUCCGGCCAGGAGGUGAUCUUCAAGGUAGGCUUCUUCAAGGAGCACCCGGAGAUUCCGUCGACGCUGUCGGAGAAAGCGCGCCACUUUAUCAUGCGCUGCUUUGAGCCGGACAGCGCGAAGCGACCCACGGCGAACGACCUGCUGGAGGAUCCCUUUCUGGAGAGUGUUGGCUCGCGAAAGCGCAAGACGCAGGCGCUGCCCGGCGGCAACCACUCGAGCAGCUCCGGCAGCAACUCCGCGACGAGCACCAGCGUCACCGGCAGCGGCGGCAGCGGGGCACACACCGCCACCGUGGGCAAUGGCGGUCUGGUGGUGGGCAAUGGACAGAUCGACUUCAGCCGAUCGGUGUCCAUGCCUCACGACAUGUCGGUUAGUGCUUCCAGUGGCAGUGGAGGAGGAGGAGGAGGGGGAAACAGCGGCGAGUCAGGCUCUGACCGCGAGCCCACCUCCGCGGAGAUUCUCCACGGCUCCGACACACUGCAGCCGCCCUUCAAGCCUAAAGUGAACAGACUCAAUCCCAACCUGUCGCUGAAUAUAAAGGACAUGUACGGCAGCAACAGCAUGCCACUCACCUCCAUAUCACAGUCACCCAGCAUCAACAUGGGAUACAGCUCUGAUGAACGCUCCCCGGGCAUGUUCUACUCGCCGACGCCGACCACCCUGGAGGCUGCCUUAUACGACUCUGACCAGGGCUCGGACACCUUCUUCAUCAAGAACUCGCAGAACAUUCAGCGCAACCUCGCACAGGUGCUGAAGAACAAUGAGGAGGACAUUUGCAACGUCUGGCUGCGUCGACUGCUGGAGAACUGGCCGGAGGCGACGUUGAUGCUGAAGCAUCGCCACCUGAAGAACUUCCUUCUGCCAGGCUUUCGUGACUUUAUCUCCUCCAGUCAGAACAUUCUCUUCCUCUCCAAUGCGCUAAAUCUGUUGGCGAAGGAGUUUGAGGAGAUUAUUCAAAGUCAGAGCAGCGGAGCUAAUGGGGCAAAUGUAGCCAAUGGACCUGUUGCGGAGACAGUAAAAGCAGCAGCAGCAGCAGCGACAACCAAUGGCGAAAAGACAGCUCCAAACGAGGACAAAAAGUUUCAGCUUGCCAAGCAAAUUCAGACUGCCAUCUACUACUUUCAAGACGCAAUCGACAGUAUUCUCAAAAUUCAAAACAUCCCACCGCACUGGAUCUUCGCCUUGGACAGUCUGAUUCGCGCCGCUGUGCAGUCCGCACUGAACCUGCUCUACCAGAACUUUAAGCACCUCUUCAAGGUGGACGACAUCGACUCGGUGAACACUGAAACGAACCUCACCGGGACGCUCUUCAACCGCCAGAACUCCUGCAUGACCAACUUUGAGAGCUCCAUUUCGCAUCCUUCCUUUGAGGAGGAGAUUCUCUUCAGUCGGCAGAUCAAGGAGCAGUUCAAGACUGAACUGAAGCAGCUGAUCCAAGAGAACCAGAAGACGGUGAAGACGCUCUCGGAGACCUUUGCGGAGUACCUGCAGGAGCAGAACACGCUGUUCAGGCACCUCUGCGAGCAGGUGUCACACGCAAAGAUGGACUUCAGCAGCACCAGCCAACGGGCGCUACUAUGUCGCGGCAACAGCACAGGAGAGCCCUGUCAGAGCACCACGGCGGACACCAACACCAGCAACAGCAACGCCAGCACUAGCAUCGGCAGCAUCACCGACACAGCAUCACCCACCGUGGACACCAACUUUGGCGACCCGCAGAUGCUCGCCUUCCUCCACAGUAACCACCUCUGUCCGUCGACCAUCAGAACGCUGGUCAAGCAGGACAUUACCCUGCAGGUGAUGCUCGAGUUUAUGACCCGCGACGACAUUCGCAAGCUCGGUCUGACGCUGGGCGAGGAGCUGCGCCUGUGGAACGCCAUUUGCAAGCACAAAUCCAACUCGCCCUGUACUUAA